UCCACCUUUCGGCGCCACACAGCCGUGCGCCUGCCGGUCCUCCCGACAAGGUGCGCGACGACCGCGACGACCGACCCGGCCUAGCUGCGCCCGCUUGACACGGCCAACACGUUCGGGCCCUCUGCCAAGCCACUUCUGCCGAAUACCAUGAAUGGCCGAAAUGCACCGCUGUCACCGGUUUCUCUAGGCGGUAGUGAAUGGUCAUAUCCAGCCGUCGACAAGGACGCACCUCCGUAUCAGAACAAUCAGGGUCAACUCAGCACUCCGCCCGACUCGGCGGGACCGGUCAAGCCCAUGAACGGUAAUUUCUCGCCAGGGCCGCGGAGCGUGGGCGGGCCCUCUCCGCCUCCCUCCGUCGGCAGGUCCAGCGCCGGCACCAACCUGUAUGCAAGGAGCGAGAGCGGGAGGAGCCAGAGCCAGUCCGAGAACCAGGAGCUCAUCCUGUCGGAGCACUACAUCUCCCUCAAGCGCUUCUUGUCGGCGACUUCCCGCGAUGGCAACCCGAAGCCCCCGCCCAACAAGGCGCGCGACAAGCUGCAGCGCCUCACCGCUGUCCAAUUCCUCGAACUGAGCACCGACGUAUACGACGAGCUGAAGCGGCGAGAGCUCGCAAGCAGGAGACCCCCGAAUGCCCCGCCCGGCACCGGCCCCCCCGACUAUCUAUUGCCCGAAGAAAAUUUCCACCCGAAGCGGAACCAGGCGCGCCAGAAGCUCUCUUCGCUCGGCGCCCCGCGCUUCCGCGACCUCGCCACCGACGUCUUCUGUGAGCUGGAGAGGAGAUUCCCCCGGUUCGCAGGGGGUGAUAUUCCGCGUGUCGGAAGCCCAAUGUCCGUCCGCGGAGGGCCGCCGAGUCGGUCGCAAACGCCGGUCAACGGGAUGAACGGGUACCCUCCGAGGAAUCAGAGCCGCAGGCGCCCCUCCGAAGCCAGCUCGGUGCGGAGCGGACGCGGCAUGCCGACCCCCGUAAACGGCAGCUUUCCCAUUCCUCCCUCGCCUGGAGUGCCGCCGAAUGGCGACUAUGGGCGGCCUAUGCCCAAGCAGUUCCAGAGCAACACGAUUGUGCCAAACAAGAGCACAAUGGUGGAAGAGGAUGACGAUGCUAUCAGCCCGCUCAGUCCAGACCCGAACCGACCCGAUGCGUUCGGCUCGGGCAGAGGCACAAAUGACCGCGACAGCAAGCGCAGCGCGGGACAGUCCGAAACCGACAAGAAGCUCAUCGAGGAGUACGAGCAGCAGGUCAGAGACUUGCGCGAGAAGAUCGAUACUAUGGAGGACGCGCUAAAAAAGAAGGACGAUGAGCUCAAUACGAUGCUGGACGGCGAGCGCUCGAGAGCGGCGGCGGCGGCGAACUCGGAAAAGAAGGAGUGGGAGGACGCACGCGCGAACUUGGAGAACAAGCUCGCCGAGGCCGAAGAGCUGAACGAUUCUCUGCAGAGGGAAAUCGACAGGUUGCGAAGCGAACACGCGAGUGAGACACGACGACUGAGGGAAGAGAUCGAGGAGGCUCGGGAAUCCAGCAGCAAGACGAUGUCGAGCGGGGCGGGGGACACGGAGCUGGAGAGAGAAAACAAGGCGCUGCGCAUGGCGCUGGAAGAGCAGGAGCGCGUGACGGAGGAGGUGCGGCGCGAGGCACAGGAGUUCCUGCGGGAGAUGAGGAUGAUCUCGCAGCAAAGCGGCGCAGCAUGGGAGAGGCAGUCCGAGAUGGAGAAGACGAUUCAGUCGCUCGAGAACGAGGUGCGGGUGUGGCAGAAUCGAUAUGCGCGCGCCAAGACACAGCUGCGCGAUAUGCGCGGUUCCUCGGCUAGUCUUACUGUCGACCUGGACGCGGCCAAGUACGUCCGCGACAAGGGCUUUGUGGGAGACGACGGCCUGGUUAAGGACAUCCACGUCACCAAAUUCCAGCUCGCCAUCGACGACCUCCUCCAGCGGGCACGUGCCGACAACCCGGAGCUUGUGAUUGACGCUAUGAAGGCGGUCGUGGUUAGCGUGCGGCACAUCACCAAGGACGUCGAUACCUCGGGCCAGAGUGGGGAGGCGGCGAUGCAGCAUCAGAAGCUCAAGUCUCGGGUGUCGUCGACUGCCAACAACCUGAUCACGACCUCCAAGAACUUUGCCGGGUCGGCCGGCAUCUCGCCGGUGUCGCUGCUUGACGCAGCGGCUUCGCACCUGGUGGCCGCCGUUGUUGAGCUGCUUCGAGCAGCCAAGAUCCGCGCUACGCCUGGAGACGAGCUGGACGAUGAUGACGACGGGACGGUGACGCCUGUGGACUCGAGUGGUUUCUUCUCGCCGCAGAGCAACGCACAGAGCCAGGUGUCGAGCGCAACUUCGGCGCAAGACUCGCUGCCUCCGCCGCCGCCAUUCCAGGGAUUGGGACCCAGGAGCCGGGCCAGCGUAGACUCGUCCGCCUACAGCCCCGUCAGCUCCCCGCGCGAGUCGUAUGCGAAGGGCCCGGCCGGCCGCGACGGCAGCGAAGGAGGCGGGUACGGGAGCCUUAACAAGGCUCUCCCGAUUGUCCCCAACGGGAACGGCAACGGCAACGGCAUCUACAACGCGCGGCAGCCCGACAGACGGACCGAAGAACUUAAGAUCUACCUCGAAGACCAGACGGCAGUCCUGGUCCAGACGAUCCAGAACCUCGUGCAGCUGAUCCGCGACGACGCCAACAUCAACCAGAUCACGGAGGAGAUCAACGUCAUCACGGACGUGGUCGGCCAGGUGACACGCGAGACAGAGACGCUCGGACCCAACGGGGCGGAGCUGGUCAAGCGGCUGGCGGCGUGCCGCGAGCGGCUGAUGGAGGCGGGCAAGCGCGGGCUCGACCUGGCGGCCGGCGGCAGCGACGGCCAGAGCCGCGAGUGGCGCAUGUGGACGCAGACGCUGCCGCCCAUCGCGUUCGAGAUUGCGCGCGAGACCAAGGAGCUCGUGCAGCGCGUCGACCGGCUCGUGCUCAACGACGCCGGGGCCGACGAUUUCUCUUGAGAGAAAGGGACUGGGGCAGCCAGAUAUAUAUAUACCCCCCACGC